UCCCCGCAUUAACAAAAUAGCAAGCGCUGUAAGUAGUCAGAGAUGUGAUGCUACCCUCCGACCUCGUAGCUUCCGGACGCCGGUGCGGGGCCGGUGCGGGGAAGAUCGCUUGGGAACAUCGGAGGAGGAUGAUAUAACAACGAUUGCAUUCCCAAAUCCAACUGGGCGAUACAACUAAACUUCCUGUCUCUUGAGAAUUGCCCUGAGACAAAUCCACACUGUCUUUCUCGGAGUCAACAAAGACCAAAAGAAAACAUCAUGACUGACCAACAACAACAACAACAACAACAACAACAACAACAACAACCCCAUCCCUUCAAGAGGGUCCUAAUAACAGGCGCCGGCCCCUCCGGCCUCCUCCUCGCCCUCCUCCUCUCCAAACACCGACCGAACCCCAUCCCCGUGACCAUCCUCGAAGCCUCCCAUGAACUCGACUCCCAACCGCGCGCCGCCCACUACGGCACGCCAUGCAUCCCCGAAUUCAUCCGCGCCGGCAUCGUCGAGAAGAUUAGGGAGCGUGGGUUGGUGUUGUCGACGAUGACUUGGCGGAAGCCGGGGAGUUUUGAGGAGGUGGGGGGGUUUGAUGCGCGGGGGUUGAGGGAUGUAAUCCUAGAAGGGCUGGAGGGGGUUCCGGUGGGGGGUUGGGGGUUGGGGACAGGGACAGAGGGAGAGGAAGGGGCAAAGGAGAAAAAGCAGGAUAUGAGGACGCAUUGUCUUGUGUUGCAGGAUUUGUUGAAGUUGAUGCUUGAGGAGUGUGUGGAGCGGGGGGUGGAGGUUUUGUGGAGGCAUAAGGUUGUGGGGGUUGGGCAUACGGGUGAGGAUAGCAAAGGGGAGGAUGGGAAGGAAGGGGGAAAAAAGGGUGCUUGGGUUGAGGUUGAGGUUACUACUGGUGAGGAUGGAGAAGUGAAAGAACGGAAGAAGGUCGGUGGGGAGGGAUGUAUUGUGGUGGGAGCGGAUGGAGCGAAUAGUGCGGUUAGGAAAGGGUUGUUUGGGGAUGAGUUUCCGGGGUUUACGUGGGAUAGGACGAUUAUUGCUACCAAUACCUACUACGACUUCGACAAGUUCGGCUGGUCCGACGCCAACUUCAUCAUUGAUCCCGAGAACUUUUUCAUGGCAGCCCGCAUAGCCCCCUCCACACCCUCCCACCCCGCCCUCUACCGCGUCACCUACGCCGAAGUCCCCAACCUCACCCGCGCCCAAUACCUCUCCCGCCAACCCUUCAAAUUCCAAUCCAUGCUCCCCGGCUCGCCCACCCCGGACCAAUACCAACUCCUCACCCUCUCCCCCUACCGGAUGCACCAGCGCUGCGCGCCCUCCUUCCGCGUCGGCCGUGUGCUGCUGGUAGCAGACGCCGCGCACCUCUGCAACCCUUGGGGCGGUUUGGGUAUUACGGGCGGGUUUGUCGACGUCGGCGGACUGUACGAUUGUCUAGUGGGGAUCUGGGAUGGGAAGGCCGACGAAGAAGAGAUUUUGGAACUGUAUAGUGAGAAGAGGAUGGAGAAGUGGAAGACGAUUAUUAACCCGCUGAGUCAGGAGAACUUUAGGAGGGUGAGUGGGCAGGUUGAGGUGGAGGGGGACGAGUUUUUGGGGGUUUUGAGGAAGGUCAAGGGGGAUGAGGAGGGGGCGAAGGAGGUGCUGUUGGGGAUGAUGGGGGUUAGAUAUGAUUUUACGCAGCAUUAUAGGAGGUGAGGGUGAAUGAUGAGGGAGGGUAACGAGGUGGGAGGGGCUGGGUGCGUUUUUUGUCUAUUGGUCGAGGGAACCCCAAGUGGUGGGAAGAAACGGA